CACCAGUGGGAAAAUGCAGGCCAUACUCUUCCUGUUAGCCCUUCUCUUGCCUCCUGGAGCUGGAGCUGAGGAGAUUAUUGGUGGUGUGGAGUCAAGACCACACUCCCGCCCUUACCUGGCCCAUCUGGAGAUCGUCAUUGACAGAGUUACCACUAGCAAUUGUGGUGGGUUUCUCAUAAGUGAAGAAUUUGUGAUGACGGCUGCACACUGUAAAGGCAGAGAAAUUAUUGUCACUCUUGGGGCUCAUGAUGUGAGCAAGACAGAACCCACACAGCAGAAGAUAAAAGUCGAAAAACAAAUCAUUCACCCACAGUACAACGUCUACCCGCACCUGCAUGACAUCAUGUUGCUGAAGCUUCAAAGAAAAGCUAAGAUCACUCCUGCUGUGGCUAAAAUUCCCCUGCCUAGUCCCCGCGACUCUAUUAAACCUGGACAUAUGUGCCUGGCAGCUGGAUGGGGCAAAACUGGAGUGAAUGAUCCAUUGUCAGUCAAACUGAGGGAGGUGACACUAAGAAUCAUGGAAAAAGAGGCUUGUAAGCACUACUCGAAUUAUAGAGAUGACGUCCAGGUCUGUGUGGGCCGUCCAGGAAACAUACAAUCAGUGUUUAAGGGAGACUCCGGGGGACCUCUAGUCUGUGCUGGGGUGGCCCAUGGUAUUGUAUCUUAUGGACGUAAUGAUGCAAAACCCCCUGCCGUCUUCACCAGAACCUCUGGAUAUGUGUCCUGGGUUAAUGCAGUCAUAAGGGAACAUAGCUGAAAGGCUGUCAGCCUGAGUCAGAUUCUUCAAGUCAGAUCUUUUCUGUUACCUCCUGAAUGAAAGAAAAACCUGUCUCCAGACUCGCCCCUAGUCUAACUCAGCCUGUUCCAGCCUAACAGCAGCCUGUGUCCAGCCUGUAUGAACCUGACACCAGCCUGUCCUCAGCCUGUUCCAUCCUGUCCCCACACUGUCAUAGCAUGUCUCUGAGAGGACCUUAAGGAUACUCAAGGUUCUGGUGA